AUGUCCUCUGAAUCCUGUGCGUCGAGCUUGCUUCUGGCUCUGUCAGAUGAUGUGUUUUCUAUUGUCACCUGGUCCCUCUCACCUAGAGAUAUAGGCAAUCUCAGUCUAUGCUGCCGUAGUUUGUAUGCACUCAUGGAGUCCGAAAAGGUGUGGCAAAUCCAAUGUGAAUUGGUUGGAAUUGUACCUCUUCAAGACCUUGUUCAGUGGCGUAAGGCCGUCUCAUCAUACAAGGCACUUUGCCGCUUUCUCUUUAAUGUUCAGCCACUAAUGGGAAUAUGGGUUCAUCAGAAUCCAGAGCUUGGCAAUGUAGUCUAUGUCAUGCCAGGUUUUGUUUCUGUUGUUGGGUGCCGCAUAAUACCUCAAGAACUCGGGCCUUUAGGCAUUGAAGACGGCCCUAUUCUGUGGGCACCUGUAUUUGAAAUUAUUUGUGAUUUUGAUGGCUCCACAUCCUUUUUUCUACAUGGAAGGGAGAAGGGACAUGAUUAUGUGUAUCCUGGUUUUGUGAAACCUGUUGGCAGGUCAUGCAAUGUGCUUUUGCUUGAGAUCGAGCCUAGACUACAUAAAAAUCAGGGUAAAUCAUUGCAUAGCAAGAGUUUUGUUCACGACUCAGAUAAGGAGUUGUCAAGGAAGAUUUGUAGGUCAAAUAGUGGACUUUCAAGGUCGCAGCGGGUGUUUGGACAGAGUGAGACAUUGGUGCCCUUCGGUCGAUUGGCUUUCAGUGAUAGAAGAAAAUUACUUGAUGUUAUCACGAGCCAAAUUCGUCUAAAGGUUCCUGAUGCAGCAGUUGGGCCACUCUUUCCUCGGUUGAGGGAUAAUGAGGAGAACUUUCAGAAGGAUAUGGUGCUCUUAUUGGAACGAAGAUCAAUGCUUAUUCAAAUGCAUAAGCUUGGUGGAGGUCACAUGGAUUUGAAGGCAAGUAGUCUGCUGCCAUCUGAUCCCACUCAGCUGCAAUUGAGUGAGAUCAGAAAGGGUCUUGAUCGGUUAAGUGGUUUUCAAAACUCGAUUAAUGAGGAUGACGGUCACAGACAAUGCAACAGGAGGAAAACUCUUAGCAAGUACUUUAGGGAUAGCCUCAAUCAGAUCUUUGGGAAGUCGAUCGCAACCACUGCAAACUCAAAGAAUAGUUCUUCGAGUAGUGAGAAUAAGCACGCAUCCCUUGAGGAUUUUCUGAGUUCAGGUGAUACAAUAGGAUUGACUUUACAUGCUUCGCAUGUGAAGUUAUCUUCUUAUCGAGCAUGGCCAAACAUGCAUGACAGUCGAUUUGCCAUCUACAGAUUGCCCUUGCGGAUCCCAACUGCGGAACAAGAAUAUGCUGGUUUAUGGGGAGGGACUUUUGGUUGGCCUCCUGGGAAGUCGUCCAAAGACAAGCCUGGAAAGGCUCUCUUCUUUCUUUUGCUUUCUUAUGAGGAGUGCCAGGGGCAACAACUUCUAAUUGCAACCAAAAUAUUAGAGGGUACCCACUAUGUUCUGCAUCCUAAUGGCUCAGCCAUGUUUGUAGUUAAUAUCGAUGAACCUUCAUUCGAUCCAUUCCCUUGGGAUACUGAUGCAGAUGCAGAUUCCCUUGCUGUGAAUGUUAAGCAUGUUUUUAAAGGGGAGGGUAUUGCAAAUGGGUAUGGGUUUAGGUAUCCAGGCGCGAAACCGGGUUCUCUCUUUGUAUUUGAAGAUGGUCAACUUGCCUUCAUUUGGAAUGAGUCUAGGGCUGUCUUGACUUUGCAGAGGCUUAACUUGCAAGAGCUUUUGAAAAAAGGUGAAAGGGUGCCUGCGCUACCUCCGAUUGCUAAUUUUUCAUAUUUGACCAAGUCUUACUCAAAUGUCUUUGCUGAGUUCCCAAACACCUCAACUUCUUGGGCGUCAUCAAGGUAUGCCUUAUGCCUUGCCUCCAUUGAAAAUGCUUGUCCUAAUUUGGGUCUUCCCCACUCCCCUAAUUAA